AUGGUGAAGCAGUUCUCUGGGAAGACGUAUGAGCUGGACCUGGACAGCCAGCAGAAUGUUGAGGCCAUGUUUGACGUCUACGGGGUGUCAGACCCAUCCCACAAGCAGGUGGCCCUGAAGACGAAGUCUCGGGUGACAUUGACUGUGGAUGGCGACAAGUACACAGAGACAACCCAAACAGGGGACCACAAGAGAAGCGUCACGUUCCACCUGGGAGAGGAGUUUGCAGAGGAUAUCCUGGGCCACAAGUGGAAGAGCUCCGUCUCACUCAAGGACGACCACACGCUGCUCAAGGUCGAGAAAGGCGAGGAUGGCAAGACCGUGACCCUAGAGAAGAGCUUCAGCCCUCAGCAGCUGGUCGUGAAUAAAGAUCCAGAUAACAAUCUGAAUAAGUGUUUUUAUAGUUCUGAUAACAGUUCAAGUAACAGUGACAUCAACAGACCUGCAAAGAAGAAUAAGGUGCCAGUGUGUCCGAGUGAUUCUGAAAUAAAGAUGAAGGUGGUUCUGUUCUUGUGA